AUGAAGGCUCUCCUCCUCAUCCUCCUCGCCCCGCUCUGCUCUGCAUCGCUGGUCCCCGAGAGGGAGAAGGACCCCGAGUACUGGCGGGGGGGGGCGGGGGGGCAGGCGCAGGAGACCCUGCGGGCCGCCCUGCGGCUCCAGCGCCUCAACCAGAACGUGGCCAAGAACCUCAUCCUCUUCCUGGGCGACGGCAUGGGCGUCUCCACCGUCACGGCCGCCCGCAUCCUCAAAGGGCAGCUGCAGAACCGCAAGGGCGAGGAGAGCCUGCUGGAGAUGGACAAGUUCCCCUACGUCGCCUUGGCCAAGACCUACAACACCAACGCGCAGGUGCCCGACAGCGCGGGCACGGCCACCGCCUACCUCUGCGGCGUCAAAGCCAACGAGGGGACGGUGGGCGUCAGCGCCGGCGUCACCCGCGACCGCUGCAACACCACCAAGGGCCAGGAGGUGACCUCCAUCCUCCGCUGGGCCAAGGAUGGAGGCAAGGCGGUGGGCAUCGUCACCACCACGCGGGUGACCCACGCAACGCCCAGCGCUGCCUACGCCCACUCCGCCAACCGCGACUGGUACUCGGAUGGAGAGAUGCCCCCGGAUGCGCUGGAGGGCGGCUGCAAGGACAUCGCCCGGCAGCUGGUGGAGAACAUCCCCGACAUCGAGGUGAUCUUGGGCGGUGGGCGAAAAUAUAUGUUCCCCAAAAACGCCAGUGACGUGGAGUAUCCCCAUGAGGACAAGCAUCGGGGGACCCGCCUGGACCGCAGGGACCUCGUCCAGGCGUGGCACGACGCCAAGCCCCCCGGCAAGGUCGCCAAGUACGUGUGGCACCGGCGGGACCUGCUGGCGCUCAACCUCAGCCGCGUCGACUUCCUCCUGGGCCUCUUCGAGCCGGGUGACAUGGUGUACGAGCUGGAUAGGAAUAACGAGACGGAUCCGUCCCUCACCGAGAUGGUGGCUGUGGCCAUCAGGAUGCUCCAGAAAAAUCCCCGGGGGUUUUUCCUCCUGGUUGAAGGUCUGGCCCCGAUGCAGAGCGACGUGGACCGCAAACCCUUCACCUCCAUCCUCUACGGCAACGGCCCCGGCUAUAAAAUCGUGGCAGGCGAGCGAGAAAACGUCUCCGCCGUGGAUUUUGCGCACGCCAACUACCAGGCGCAAUCGGCCGUGCCGCUGCGCCAGGAGACCCACGGCGGCGAGGACGUGGCUGUUUUCGCCCGCGGCCCCAUGGCCCACCUCCUCCACGGGGUCCACGAGCAAAAUUACAUCCCCCACGCCAUGGCUUACGCCGCCUGCAUCGGCUCCAACCGAGGGGGCCGGAUCGACCACGGGCACCACGAGGGGAAGGCGAAGCAGGCGCUGCACGAGGCGGUGGAGCUGGACCGGGCCAUCGGGCUGGCCACUCGCCUCACCUCGCCCCAGGACACCCUCAGCGUCGUCACCGCCGACCACUCGCACGUCUUCACCUUCGGAGGCUACACCCCUCGCGGGAACCCCAUUUUCGCAAAAACGCGAUGGGGCUGGGUCCCAAAAUGCCUCCCGGGCCCCUUGGCUAAGGACUGA